UUUUGCACUUGCCAAAACUGGAAUCUACUAAUCCAGUGGUAUGCGACAAACCGAGGAAAGUUGUGCGGAGAUGGUUUUGUUUUUGGGCCGUUGGAUCGAAUCCAGUGGCUCCCUCCCUUGUGAUUCGCAACUGGUGUAUCCCUUAGAUUCGCAGCUGACGUGUAUAUAUCAUAACACCAAUUCAUAUAGGUUUUCAAAUUGUAAUCUUCGACAACAUCUCAGCCACCACCCACCCCCACGCUGUUCUGUUCUGGUCAAAUCUGCCGGUUGCUGUAUUGUGUGUUCCGAUCAUCUUCGCCGGCGUUCUCUCUGUUUCUCCACAGACACGAGCAAAGACCACAACUUUCUACCUUUUUCGCCGUUUGCUGUUCUGAACAGAUCUGCCGGUUUUAUACUUACCGAUUGUUUAUUCCGAUCAGCUUCGCCGGGGUUCUCUCUGUUUCUCCACAGACUUGAGGGCAAAGAUCGCAACUUUCUAGUUUCAAUUGUGUUCUACCUGUCUCGCCGUUUCAAAUGUGUUCUGAUCAAAUCUGCCGGUGCCGGUUUUUUAUACAUACCGAUUGUCUAUUCCGAUCAGAUUCGCCGGCGGUGUCUCUGUUUCUCCACAGACGCUAGUCGACCUGUCUCGCCGUUUCCCCGCAGAUCUGCUUCCGAUCGUCUUGGCAGUCGGUGUCUCUGUUUGAUGAGGAUUAAAAGGUGCCGGAAUGCACAGAGACGGUCUGCCGCUGCUGAAAUCAUUGGCAGUAACGAGGACCUGGUGGUGGAGAUCCUUGUGCUUCUGCCGCUGAAAUCUGUGGUUCGAUUCAAGUCCGUCUCGAAAGCAUGGUUCUCUCUAAUCUCCGGUCCUACUUUCCCUCUCCUCUGGCAACAGCGUCAACGACAUUCCCAUGAUCCCAAAAUCUCCGGUCUUUUCUUCACCUCUGUAUCCCGAAAGCAAAUCAAAUACAUUCCUCUCAAAGACACAGAUGAUGUUGGAAAAAGCAAGUCUUUAGCUCGCUUUCCCAAUAUGUAUACUGUGGAUAUUAGAAUCAUACACUCCUGCAAUGGUUUUCUACUCUUGUGUUUAAAUCCAAACACUUCCCUGUCCCGAUCUUACCAAGUUUACAAUCCUACCACCAAGCAAUCCCAAACACUUCCCUGGCCCUUUUCCCUUGCUACAUAUCCUGCUGACCCUCUAUAUUUGGCCUUUGAUCCUUCCAAAUCAAUUCAUUACAAAGUUGUUUUGCUCAAGAAAUUACACAAGGGCCAUCGUUUGUAUCAAAUUCAUGUUUAUUCGUCAGAAACCAAUGCAUGGCGUAGACCCUCUGGUGAUCAUUAUUCUUUCUCCUCAGUGGACUUGGAUAAUGGAGUCUAUUGCAAUGGUUCAAUACAUUGGAUUUCCUUCUGGACAGAUGAACCUUCCAAAUACUUUGAUGUUGAACAAGAAAGAGUGUUUCCAAUGCCAUCUUCACCAUUUCCGGAAAUUGAUGGAUUCUGGCAUUUCGGGGAGUCCAGAGGUCAUUUGUAUCUUACUGGGCGCAGUGUUUUUGGCACCAUAUUUGAUAUUGAAGUCUUAGAGAUGGAAAGAGAUUACUCCAAGUGGUCAUUGAAGUAUCGACUUAACUUUAACAUGAUGCUUAAUUUUGUAUCACAGGAGAUGAUCGCACUGCGAACAAUGUCUGUGCUUGGCUUAAUUCAUGGAAAAGAUGAACCAGAUGUGUUUUUGGUGUUAUUUGUGGGCACGAAUAUGAUCAUCUCCUAUAACAUUAAGGAUGACACAUUUAAGAAGUUUCAUGAUGUAGUACACCAUCCUGGUUCUUCUUCGCAGCAGCUUAGGCAGUUCAAAAGCUGCAGGGUCUAUCGAUACAUUGAGACAGUCCUCUCAGUUUGACCAACAGUACAUUUUACUUUGAUUGGGUGUUUGUUUCAGUGUUUUGUAACUUUAAGGGCAUGUUUGGUGUGGUGGAAUGAAUUGGAAUGGAAUGAGAACGAAGGGGGGAAUGGAAUGAGAAUGAAAUGGGAAUAAUGAUUUUCAUUAUACCGUUUGAUUGCAAACAUGGAAGGUGUAAAAAUAUAAUCUCAUUCUCACUUCUUAUUUUUGGUAAAAAAGUUGGAAUAGAAUGAAUUUAUAUGUGUGGUGGAAUGAAUUGGAAUGGAAUGAGAACGAAGGGGGGAAUGGAAUGAGAAUGAAAUGGGAAUAAUGAUUUUCAUUAUACCGUUUGAUUGCAAACAUGGAAGGUGUAAAAAUAUAAUCUCAUUCUCACUUCUUAUGUUUGGUAAAAAAGUUGGAAUAGAAUGAAUUUAUAUUGUUUCUUUAAAUUAUAUUUUAUUAUUAGUAAAAAAAAUUAAUUAAAAAACUUAAU